GUUCAUAUACUAAAUAUCACGGAACAGCAAACUUUUUACCGCGAACAAUUUCUACGGCCAAUUCUCUUAAAGACUUCAAUCGUUUCAUUGAAGAUAUCGGUUGGAUUAAUUAUUUCGAUAAAAUAUUUGCACAGUUUGCAAAUUAAAUUUGGAUGUACUUAAUUGAUUCAAAUAACGAACAUUUGUAGAGAUUCAAUAGUGCCUCCUGCAUUAUAUAGGAAAUGUUUGUGAGACGAAUUUCGUGACUUUCGACACAAUCUCUCCAGAAGUUUCUAUUUUGUUAUUGAUCUGUGGCCGUGGUGCUUCUUUUUUUGCGAAGAACACCACUUAAAAAAAUCGCAUGUGGUUAAUUUGAAAGACAAAUUUUAAAUACUGCCAGAUAGAAAGAGUUAAAAAAUAAACUUUUCGUGGGCAAUGAACAAACGAGGACUAUCAGUAAAUUCUUUAAGUAAAUACCAUUCAACUUUACGUAAUUAUACGAGAGACACGAAAAGAUGUGGAUUUCUUAUUUAAAAGGUCAUCCCAGUGUUUGCAUUUUUAUGCCAAUUCAGUGAAAUUAAAAGAAAAAAAGUGAUCAAAGAAAUUGCGCAUAGGUGAAGAGCAUACCUUGAAUGGGAAACUGAUAAGACGGUGCAAAAAGAGCGACGAAUUUAGUAAAUUGGCCAAUUGUGAAAAUCCAAAAAUAAAUUGCGAGUAUUACUGAUUUUUUUUAAUCAUCUUCUAAAGUGCUCUGAGCUCUGUGAACUUGAAAUAAAAAAAAAACUUAAAGCUCAUACCCUGGAGUCGGGACAUCAACCAAAGUGUGGUGAAUUUCACAUUUUACAGUAAAGUUGUGACUUUUCAAAAGACUCAAAUCAGUUGAUGAGACAAUUCCAUUAAAAGGGAUUGCAACGAAUUAAUUUUUUCACCCCUGAAUUAAUACACAAAAAAAACCUCGUCAAAAUGAGUGGAAAUCAGAGGCAUGGAAGCCAAAGCGGCAUGGGGAAGCUUAUGGAUAAAAUCAAGAAAAUUGCUUCAGAUGGGGAUGAAUCCCAUCAUGGGUAUCAACGAGUCGAAGCUGAGGAUGGGACACUGACUGCAUCGAACACGUCCACGAGCUUAGACACAGUGUUACUGGAACCAGCGGAUCCACUGAGUCACCAGCCCACACGACAAAUAAGCCUCCCUCCAGCUGCCAUCAAACAAAAGUCUUUUGGAACAAUUUUUGAGGAGAAUGAACUCGCGCGGUCACUGAAACAACUACGCGCCGCCCAGAUUGCAGGGGAUGACAAAAUUGCUGACGACAGCAGUGAGGAGGACGAUUUUGAUGAGCGGAGAGAACAUUUCCAGAAGAGUCCUAAACCAAGUACUACCGAAGGUCACAAAAGUAUCCUCAAGGAUUUGAAGCAUAUCAAGGAUUCAGAUAAACGACGAGAUUUCCAAUCAAAGAAACAUGUUAGUUUGGAUUUGAGGCAUACACGCUUCCUGGAAAGUAUCCUCAAGGAAUCAUCGUCUGAUGAGGAGUUCAAGGAUAACCGCCAACAUUUUCAAGCUAGGAAGCAUCAGAGCUUAGACCCCAAAGUAACAUUUAAAUUUGACAAGGAACAACUAACAAGUAGCGACGAUGACUACGAAGUUGAAGUGAAGAGCUUGAUUCGUGAAAAGCGCUACGAUACCAAUUCAAUUAUCAUUGAUCUUAAGGAUCUAUCCAGUGAAGACGAAGACCUCAUUGAUACGAGGAAAAAUUUCCAACAGCAACGACAAAUAAGUAUUCAGUCGCAGAAGAGUGCGAGGUACUUUGAAAUGGAUGAACUGAGGAAGAAGGAUGAAAAUCUCAGGAAUACCAUACCAUUUGUGCGACAAAUCACAGAAGAUGGAAAGCCUAUGCUUGAAAUCUAUCGGCCUACAACAAAUCCCAUCUAUAUCUACACACAGGUCCUUGCUGCUCUUUCCGUUUCAAUGGGCUCGAUGGUGGUUGGUUUUGCUUCUGCAUACACAUCACCAGCCCUUGUGUCAAUGAUGGAUAGGAAUCAGACUUCCUUUGAAAUGGACAUGGAUCAGGCCUCCUGGGUAGGUGGAAUAAUGCCCUUAGCUGGUCUUGCAGGCGGUAUAUCAGGUGGUCCACUGAUUGAGUACAUCGGCAGGAAGAACACAAUUCUAGGAACAGCAAUACCAUUCAUUGUUUCCUGGCUCCUAAUUGCAUGUGCAUCAAAUGUGUGGAUGGUGCUUGCGGGUCGAGCACUUUCUGGUUUCUGUGUUGGUAUAGCAUCGCUCUCCUUGCCCGUCUAUCUCGGGGAGACCGUUCAACCCGAAGUUCGUGGCACCCUUGGACUUCUACCGACGGCAUUCGGUAACAUAGGUAUCCUAGUUUGCUUCAUAACGGGCAAAUAUAUGGACUGGUCGAGUUUAGCCUUCCUCGGUGGAACCCUACCUAUACCCUUUCUAAUCUUAAUGUUCCUGAUUCCCGAAACACCUAGAUGGUACGUUUCGCGGAAUCGCGAGGAUCAAGCAAGGAAAGCCCUACAGUGGCUACGUGGACGUGAUGCCGAUGUUGAUCCCGAACUUAAGGGUAUCAUGAAGUCAGCCAAUGAAGCUGAGAGAUCAGCCUCACGAAAUGCCGUACGGGAUCUCCUGAAGCGGAGCAACUUGAAACCACUGCUCAUUUCACUGGGACUUAUGUUUUUCCAACAACUUAGCGGUAUCAACGCUGUGAUCUUCUACACUGUAACCAUCUUCAAGGAUGCCGGAUCGUCUAUUGAUGAGAACCUCUGUACCAUUAUUGUGGGUGUUGUCAACUUUGGAGCUGUCUUUGUCGCAACGAUCCUUAUUGAUCGUCUAGGGCGCAAAGUUCUGCUCUACAUUUCGGACAUUGCCAUGAUUAUUACCCUAAUGACCCUUGGAACGUUCUUCUACCUUAAAAACAACGGAGCGGACGUGAGCAAUGUCGGUUGGCUGCCUUUGGCAAGUUUUGUCGUCUUUGUCGUGGGCUUCAGUCUUGGUUUUGGACCUAUCCCAUGGCUGAUGAUGGGUGAAAUUUUGCCAGGAAAAAUCAGAGGAUCUGCAGCAUCAGUUGCAACGGCUUUCAACUGGCUGUGUACAUUCAUUGUAACCAAGGCCUUUGUGGAUCUUGUUGAAACAAUUGGCCAACAUGGUGCCUUCUGGAUGUUUGGAGGAAUUUGCUGUGUCGGUCUCUUCUUUAUCAUCUUCUAUGUGCCUGAAACUCAAGGGAAAUCCCUUGAGGACAUUGAACGCAAAAUGAUGGGACGAGUCAGGAGAAUGUCCUCCGUGGCUAACAUGAAGCCACUGUCCUUUAACAUGUAAACAAGAUCCGGAACUCUUCAUUAGGUGCUUCAAAAGUGCUAAAUCAAUCCUCAAAGCCCUCGACGGUGGGCAAGAUGAAUUUAUGCAAUUAAACUUUUACCUUUUGACGACAAAAGGUACCUCGAUUAGAAACGAAUUGCCUUACUAAUUGAUAAAAAAAAGUGAAUGAAAGUGAAAUUAUACAUAAAAGAAAAACUUAAUAUAUUUUUGAGAAAAAAUUUUAACUAUUGACAAAUUAUUUUUAGACGAUUUUAAAGGUUUUUCCUUCAAUGUAGAAAAUCAAUAUUGUAAAUUUUAUUUGUGAUGAAAAUUAUAAUAUUGGAAAAUUAGGUGAAAAUUGAUACCAAAAAGAUGAUUCUUUUUUAUAAGAAAAAAAAAUAGGUAAAAAUUUUGCAAAAAAGACAUUUUUAUACGGGAUUUAUGAGGAAGAUAGGAAAAAGAAAAAAAUGUUUAGAUUGAUUUAUUUUGUACUUAUCGACGUACAGUGAGAAAACAAAGAUUUUAUACGUAAAAGAACAAUUGGAAGGCAAAAUCCAAAAUAUGUAUGUAUAUUAGGAAUGAAUCUCUCUAGGCAUUGUUAGAAAUUUUAUUUUGAGCUAAAACCCUUUAAGUUCCUCUUCUUAUUACAUUAAUAAGUGACUUAGAUCCAUGACAAGAAUACUAAAAAAAAAGUAAAUUAAAAAAAAGUUUCACUUUUAGCUUCAAUCCGCAAGAAAAGACUUUAGUUUUUAGUAGAUUUAACGUUGUAUAUUGUUAAAAAGAAACCAUCAUUCUUUCUACUUAUACGUUGAAAGCAUAAGGAAAUUUAUUUAUUAGACAUUUAGCUUAGGUGUAAGUAUAAAAGUGAAUACUAUUUUAUGCUGAACAAAGUGCCAGAGAGGAAUCCAAAUUAAUUUAUGCCAAAACAAUUAGAGAAUGACCCUGUUUUGCAUGAAAUAGCUAUGUAAAAUACUUGUGGUAAUUAUCUUUUAGUGACAAGAUUUGUAUAUAUGUUGUAGAAAAUAUUUAAAUUAUAUAAUCUCUACUUAUAUGCAUAACUGUGGAAUGAUAUUUCUGUAAAACCGUAUGGAGAAAAAUAUAUAUUUUACUGUAAACAA